CAGCCAGCCACAUGCCUUCAGGUUUAAAGAGAACUCCAUGGGUGAAGUGGAGAUGAAGUACAAGUUGUGGGCUGGUGAAGAAAAGAAGCCUUGGCAGGCCAUGAAGGACGGAAGCACCGUUGUGCUGGACAGACUUCCCCCAGGAACACCCAGUGUAAUGAGGCCUGAGAAUGAGGCCAAAAACUGCCCAGACCCUGAAACAAUGGACUGUAAGGUAAAGCAUCUCUCACAAAGAAUGACAGGCGAAGAUGUACAAUGGUGGAAGGAGUUCAUUGAGUCUGAGAGAAGAAGGCGCGUUGUCUGGGAGGCAAUGAAUGGAGAAGACUACCAAGAAGCUGGGAAGUCCUUCAGCGUUGCUUCUCUGCAAUGCAGAGAGUGCUCAUCUGAAGGGGAGACAGACGAUGAAGACCUCUUGAAAACUGAGAGCCAUUUAGAACACUUAUUAGCAAAGAGCUUAUCUAUGAAACCAAUCGUCAGAGGCAAAUUAGGAGGCUUGUGCAAAAAAGGAAAGCGGAAAAAGAAAUCAGUUGAAAGUACGAAAAAAAGACAAAGGAGAACAAAACAGCCCAGAACAAAACAGCCCAGUUAAGAGUUUCACUGGGUGAACGAGAGUCCCACUGAAUGAACUCUAUACAGUGCAUGCUGAUAUUAUUAAUAUAACAAUGAUAAAUAUAAUAAUUGAUAUAAUAA